AAACAGAAGGUGUAAUAAAAAAAGAAAGAAGUAAAUAAGCAAUCAAAGAAGAAGGAAAAGAAAGAAAAACAAGAGUGAUGGUAUUAUUGAUGAUAUUGAAAAAUGUAUGACGUAUUACAUUCAAGGUGGCAGUGCUGUUGCUGAUUUAAAAAAUCAUUCAGACAGUAAAAGGAAAUUUCAAUGGAGAUAAAUGAUAAAUUGCCGCCAUCAAGCCAUCAUUUCAAAUAUGCGUCAUUACAAAGGCCUUCGCGACAAGGCAGCUAAACUUUACUAUAGAUGAAAUGAGUAAUAAUACAUAACCAAACACACAAACCUACAAACCAACCAAACAAACAAAAAAACAAUCAACCACUAACAAAUCAAUCUAAACUCUUUGCAAUAAACUGUUCUAAGUGCUAAAAAAAACAAACAAACGACGACGACGUCGACGAAAACAACAAAUAUCAUCUCUUCCACAUCCAAACCACUCCAACUGAAAAAUAGGUGAAUUUUAUGGCUUGGCUAACAAUUCACCAGUGUCAACAAAUCAAAUAUAUAGAGUGCCAUCUAUUAACAUAUGCAUGUGUUUAAAAUCAGUCUCCCCCCGAUGUCUGCAGAACUAUCUUCCUUAUAACUAUAAGUCUGCCCUUGUGUGUGAGAGAGAGUGAGUGAUUGCUUGUGUGCGUGCUAAAGAGUGUAUGCCUGCGUGCGUACAUGUACGAGAGAAACGUCAUUUAUAUAAAAAUAUUAAACUGUGAGAGUUGAAGAUUCCAGCCAUUUAUCGUAGAAGUGAUUAUAAAUUUCAAUGCACGCAAACGUGACAUCUGAUAAAGGAGGAGGUGGUGGAUCAUGGCGUCUGCCUCCAGACGAAACAUUACAAGUACAAGAUUCAAAAAUCAAAGAUCCAGACUUAGACCUCGAUGAGGGUCAUAAUUGGCGAUCCAUAGUAUUUUCGCUAUUAGUGAUAAGUUUUGUUAUAGCUGGUAUUAUAACGGCCAUUUAUUUAUUAGGUUACGUAGAUGAAUUACUUUAUUGGUCGGGACGACGCAUGAUACUGGAUGAGUAUUUGCAGGGAGAUCUAACGCCUUCCCGGUUGCAGCCCUCUUGGGUUACGACCAAAAAGUAUGUUUUUCAAUCUGACGAUGGUGCUCUCUCCGUUUUAGAUACUGCCACUAAUACGGUUAGUACUUUGGCCACUAAUCACACUCUAAGACAACUUAAUGUACAGGGCUAUCAAUGCUCCUAUGAUCUGCGAUAUGUUCUUUUCAGACAUAAUGUUAAAAAGAUUUUUAAAAAAUCAUUUACUGCAUUUUAUACCAUCUACGAUGUCGAAAAUGAUCAUCAUAUGCCUGUGAAAUUAAAAGACUCGCCCAAGGUACAGAGAACCCGGCUGCAAUAUGCCUCCUGGUUGGGCAACACCACCUCUCUGGUAAUCGUAGCUGAUAAUGAUAUUUACCUAAGACAAUCACCAGCCGAUGAAGAAGAUUUACGUAUAACAAAUUCUGGCUAUCAAAAUUUGAUUUAUAAUGGUGUACCCGACUGGCUGUACCAAGAGGAAAUAUUCGACGAACCAGAAGCCAUUUGGUCGUCUGCAGAUGGUACUCACUUUAUGUAUGCCUCCUUCAAUGAUAGCAAUGUCGGCAUGAUGACGUAUCCUUGGCUGGCAUCUGGUGCUGUUUUGACCGGCUCUGGAAUGUCAGCUGGCAGUUCAUUUCCUGAAACUAAAAAUGUACGUUACCCAACACCGGGUACAACAAAUCCAGAAGUGCAAUUAUGGAUAGUUGAUAUAACAAAUGCCUCAAAAAUUUAUCAUAUCCUCCUAAAACCACCACCUUCGCUAGAUGGACAGGAUUAUUAUCUGACGUCAGCCGGAUGGGUAACAGAUGGUAAUCGUCAAGUAUCGGUUGUUUAUAUGAUGAGAUCGCAAAACUAUAGCAUAAUCGCAACAUGUUUUGCCGAUAUGAAUUGGGAAUGUUCGGAGAUCCAUUCUGAAAGGGCACCCGAAGACGAAUGGCUUGAUAUACUGCCACAUCCGGUAUUUUCUCCAGAUGGAAAUAGUUUUUUAAUAUUAGCUAGUGUACAAGAAUCCGGUACGGAACAUUUUACCCAUAUAAAACAUGUAACCAUAUCACAACAAAGAAUAUCUGUUAUUUCUCAUGGUAGAUAUGAGGUAUUGAAAAUUCUUUGCUGGGAUACUGCAAAUCAUUUAGUUUAUUAUUUGGGUACUAAAGAUAAGAAACCUGGGCAGAGGCAUCUUUAUACUGUAAGAGAUCCCGUUAAUGAUGAUAAUAGGAAUUUCUUUAUUUUUAGAACUGAACCAACUUGCAUAACAUGCGAUUUGGGCGAAGCUCUUUGGAGCAGCCGUUAUUAUUAUCUUAAUUGUUCUCAUUUUGAUGCCUUCAUAAUGCCAACGUCUUCCAUUGCCACACCACAUGGAAUAUCCUUUUAUAUACUGGAGUGCCAGGGUCCCGGAUUGCCCGUAUCGGGUGUUCAUUUACAUAAAACACACAGUCUAGAGAGAAUACUUUAUGAUAAACGUCCAUUUUAUAUCGAACGAUUGCAAAAGUUGGCCUUGCCCACACAAAGAUCGUUCGAAAUACCGUUGCCUCAUGGCAGCCGAGCUCAAGUGCAAUUAUUGCUGCCGCCCAGUUGGCGAGAAGAAUUGAGAGAUGCAGCAUUUCCCGUUAUAGUAGAAGUCAAUGGCCGUCCUGGUUCUGAAUCGGUGUCAGAGAAAUUUCGUAUAGACUGGGGCACUUAUAUGUCAUCACGUAAUGAUGUCAUUUAUAUACGUCUAGAUGUAAGAGGAGCUAAGGGCCAGAGUAAAAGAUCUCUAUAUAGACACCUGGGUGGUGUAGAAGUUCAGGAUCAAAUUUCUGUGUUACGUUAUCUGCUGGAUACCAUAAGUUUUUUAGAUGAAACUCGUGUUGGUAUUUGGGGCUGGGGUUAUGGUGGCUAUGUCACCUCUAUGGUGCUGGGCACCCAACAAGAUGUUUUCAAAUGUGGUAUUGCUGUUUCACCUAUAGCCGAUUGGCUUUAUUACAAUUCAGCAUUUACAGAGCGUAUUAUGGGUCUUCCAGCUGAAAAUUACAAGGGUUAUGUUGAAGCAGAUGCAACUCAAAGAGCACGUCUGAUCAAAUCACAUGCAUUUUUUCUAAUACACGGCUUAGCCGAUUCUACAGCACCUUAUAUACAUGGUGUACAAUUAGCAAAAUCUUUAACGGACGCCAAUGUCCUGUACAGAUAUCAGACUUAUGCCGAUGAAGGCCAUGAACUUAAUGGUGUUUUAGAACAUGUCUAUUCUUCCAUGGAACAUUAUUUUUCGGAAUGCUUAAGUUUAGAUCCAGAUGAUACAAAGCCAAAUUUGGAUCAAACUAUAGUACCAGCCGAAUAAAGUAUUCUACAUACAUAUAAAAACUAAAUUAAAUAUAAAUAUUUAAAUCAAACUUUAAGCCUUGUUAAUAUAUUUAUUUUAUUUAUUUAAUUUUAUUUCUGUUGUUUAAUAACUAUUUAAGUUUUACAUUUAAAUGAAAAAAAGGAAAUUAAUUAAGUAACCUACUCACAACUGCAACUAACUUAAUUAACAAAAAAAUAAAAAAAUUAGGUAAAAUUAAUAAAAAAUCUAGACUAUUGCUCAAAUUAAAUUAAAAUAAUUAAAAAAUCUAGUACUAUUUCAGACAUAACUAAUGCAAUAAUUAAAAAAAAGAAACAAAACAUAAAUUCAUAAAAUUUGUAUUAUAACAUAGAAAUGAUCAUAAUCAAAUAAUCAAAGUAAAGUUAUUGAAAACAUAUUCAUUCACUCAUUAUCAUAUUAAAAAACAAAAUAAAAAAAAAAUCCAAAAAUUCACUCAUCAUAAUCAGGAGAACAUUAAACCAAUCAAUCAGUCAAUCAAAAUGAUGCAAUAUUAAUUUUUAAAAUUUACUGUUUAAAACAAAAAGCUAAUAUUAAUUAUAAAAUCUACAUUUACAUCUGUAUGUAUUUUAAUUUAGUUUUAACUAGAAUUUAAAGAGCAUGCACUCAAUUAUUUAAAUUUUUUUAUAAAAAUGUUUAUGAGUUUAAGUCCACAGUUGUCCGAAGUUUCCUUAAAGCAGUCAACAAGUAUUUUUCUAUAAUAAGUCCUCAUAAUUCAAAAAUUCUAAAAUCUUUAAACAUGUUUAAUGAUCGAUUCCCGUAGUCCAUAUGGCCCAGGACUUAUUAUCUUCCAAAACCACUAUUGGUCAAGUACGAUCACAGAGUCCUGAGUGUACUUUCUAAAUUUUUUAGUCUCAAAUCUCAAAGUUUCUCUUUAUUGACAUUAUUUAGGAAAAAGCAAUCAAUCCGUCUAGAUAACUUUAUGAGUAUCUGUCUACAGUUAUUCCAAGUUUCCAUCCAGCAGUCGAGAAUUGCUACAAGGCUUGAUCCAUAACAAACUUUAUAAAUUUAAGACAAAACUGUAAUUAGUUAUUGAUUUGUCCCCAAUUUGUUUAGGACUCUAUAAAUUAUCUUCCAAAAUCAGUAUCUGAUAAGAUGGACUUCGAUUUCUUAUUUGUUAAAGACUAUGUAGCUCAACGAAAUUUUAAACCAAAAUAUACUUUCUAAAGGUUUGAGCUACGCUUAAUCGGAAUCUCAAAAUUUCUCCAUUACAUUACAUAUUCAAGAUAUCGUAUCUUAAAGUCUCCAAAAAUACAUUUUCUUCAAGAUUCGAACGCGUCAUGAAAACUAUAAUUUAUCAAUUAUUGAUCAAUCUCAAUAUUACUAUUCGGCAAUUUCGAUUUCGUACUUUUUUAAGACUAUACAGGUUAACCAAUUUUUAAUCCGAAUCUCAGUUUAAAGAAGCCACGCUUUUUGCUGAAUUCGAGACAACUUUAUUCAUAAAAUCCAAGGUUAUCAACGCUUAAAUAUCGUUUAAAAUUUAAUACCGUUAUUGAUACCGAUCGCUAUUGAAAGUGCCGGAUUACACAUCCCCAGCAAAAAACAAAAGUUUCCCUGUGUAAACCGCCAGAAAUUGGUAUUUAUAUUGCACCGGUAUUAUACGGUAUUUAAAACCGGUAUUUAUACCGAUAAACUUAUUUCGGUAUAGGUAUUCAAUUUUAAACGGUAUUUAAGCGGUGUCGAUAUAUCGAUAUGGGUUAAAAUUAAAGAACAGAAAACGAUACCAAAAUAAUGAAAUAUUUAAUACCGAUACUGUUAUUUGUUUUGGGUUGCCAUCCUUAAUCUAUUACGUCAUCUGAAAGUCAAAUCAUUAAACUAUAAAGUAAAGGUUAAACCCCAGUUACAUAUUAUUCUUUUUCAAGAUAUUUUGAGAACUGAUAAAUCAGUUAAAAAUGUAUGCCUCUUGGUCUCUGAGUUUAAAAUUUUCAUAAAUGUAUGUUGACCUGUUUAUUUACUACCUUACUUUCUGAGUUGUAUUACUGUUCCGUUAUUGUUUUUUACAAAUAUUUAAUUUUUUCUUUGUUUAGGACCGAUAUUUGAAGUGAACUAAUUCAUAAGAUAUGAUAAUAGUUUUAAAAGACAACUUAUUUUGCAAAUUCAUAAUUUUAUAUAUGCAAGUGUAUGUUCUUUAAAUUCAUAAAAAAUCUAAAAAAAAAAAAACAGAAUUAUAAAACAUAAAAAAAUUAUAAAAAAGAAAAUAAUCUUAACUAUUUAAGUCCACUAGCAUUAAGAAUUUACUUUUAUUAUUAAUUAAUUCUAUACAACGCUAAAUAAGACAACACAAGGAAUGAAACAUAAACGAUGAUAUUCUUACAACAAAUACAACGCGAUUUUUAAACGAUUUUUACUUUACGCCGCUAUAUACAUUUACACAUACUUAUAACAUACAUACAUACAUAGAUUAUAUAAAAAUAAUUUAACUGCAAAUAUUAUACAGAUAUAACCGAUAAUACUUAAACCUGCGAAAAUUAAAAAAAAUAUUCUGCAAACGCCGUUUAAGAGUACUCCUCAAAAGACUAUACGACUGGUUCAAAACUAAUCUAAAUAUAUGAACAAACCUAUUGAGGACCACAUAAUCCAUCUAUGUAUUAGAUCAGAGUAAUCCCAAAACUUACUAAACCUUACUAAAAAUAUAGGAGUACGUGAUCCUUAACAUGAUUCUAUGCAAUGCAGGCUAUUGACUAUGUAUAUACAAACAUGAUCCAUGUUAACAUUACAUUAGACCACUUAACGGAUUAUGUACUCUUAUCAUGUUUCAGGGGUGUAAUUUUGGUAUUACUUUAAUGGAUCAUGUACUCUAUUAAUUUUGGCAGGGAACUACUCAAUUAUAAGAAUAUUCUGUUUACCAUUAUUUAAAUAUCAAAAAUGAAAAGAACUGGUUUCUUGGGACAAGAGGAAUCAGUUUAACAAAAUUUUAUAUAUAAUAUAAUUUGCAUUACAGUCAUUAC